UGUUCUGAUUACUUGACGUGUGGUAAUUAACAGAUAUCCGGGUCCUCUGGAAAAUUAGGGUUUUCUUAGUUUCCUUAUUUAAACGGAAAUCGACAGUGCGAAUUUUGGUUCCCACAAAGACCUUUUUUUUUACCACACAUGUACAAGACCUUAUAAAUUGUAAUAAUUGUCUAUUGGGGCCAACUGGGUCAAGAGACAAGACUUGGUCUUCUACUUCUUCUUCCCCUUUCAUAAAUAUUUCAUUUCUCAGGUUUCUAUAUAGUUUCUUCUCUACCUUUUUAUAAAUUUUCUGCUUGUCUAUCUCUUACAUUAAAUCUAACCCUAAAUCAUUAGUAUCCCUAAUUACGUUUUAAAAAUCCCAACUCCCUUUUUAAAUAUAUUUUGUUUGUUUUUUUCUCAGUUUGAUAUUGGCAUGGCUGGUCUCGAUCUAGGCACAACUUCUCGCUACGUUCACAACGUCGAAGGCGGCGGUGUUGGUCAGUUCUCCACCGACAACCACCACGAAGAUGGCGGUGGCGCUGGAGGAAACCACCAUCAUCACCAUCACAACCAUAACCAUCAUCAAGGUUUGGAUUUGAUAGCUUCUAAUGACAACUCUGGACUAGGCGGUGGCGGAGGAGCAAGUGGUGAGCUCGUUAUGCGGCGGCCACGUGGCCGUCCAGCUGGAUCGAAGAACAAACCGAAACCUCCAAUGAUCGUCACGCGCGAGAGCGCAAACACUCUUAGGGCUCACAUUCUUGAAGUCGGAAGUGGCUGCGACGUCUUCGAGUGUAUCUCUACUUACGCGCGGCGGAGACAGCGAGGGAUUUGCGUUCUUUCCGGAACAGGAACCGUCACUAACGUCAGCAUCCGUCAGCCGACGGCGGUCGGAGCUGUUGUGACGUUGCGAGGCACUUUCGAGAUUCUUUCCCUCUCUGGAUCUUUUCUCCCGCCGCCUGCUCCUCCAGGAGCGACGAACUUGACGAUACUCCUCGCCGGAGCUCAGGGACAGGUCGUCGGAGGUAACGUCGUUGGAGAAUUGAUGGCGGCGGGGCCGGUGAUGGUCAUGGCGGCGUCUUUUACGAACGUGGCGUAUGAAAGGUUGCCUUUGGACGAGCACGAGGAGCAGUUACAAGUCCAAAGCGGCGGAGCAAAUAUGUACACGGAAGCCACCAACGGAGGUGGAGGCGGAAGCUUGCCGUUCUUCAGUUUACCAAUGAGUUUGCCUCAUAUGGGAGUUGACAACUGGCCGGGGAAUUCCUCCGGCGCUGGUAGGGCUCCGUUUUAGCUACUGUUUUAACAAACUUGAAUUUGUUUUUUUUUCAUAUUUUCUUUGUGACGGAAUUUAUGGAGUUAUGAUUUUUUAAAAAAAUUGUUCAUGUUUUCUCAGUACAUGGUUUAAGUUUUUUGUUUACUUAGUUAUCGAUAUAUAUUUUAAAGGUUCUAAAAUAAUAUUCGACUAUAUGAGUAGUUUCAUAUAUAUACAGCUUCUAAAAUAAUAGUGGACUAUAUGAGUAGUUCAUAGAUAGAAUCUCUGGUUUUUAGCACAGUAACUCAUCGACAGGAUUAACGGUUAGAACUUUUAUACAAUACUAACAUAUCCAAUAACGAUAUACUCUAACGCACAUAUUAACUAUAUUACCAACAUACACACUGUUUUCUAUUAGAUUAUAAUAUAAUUUCGUAAUGUUUGUUAGCAACGUUUUUAUAACCAAAGUCACGAACAUAGCAGUAAACAAUAAAAAAUAACAAAAGUUGAUCUAAAACACUGUAACCCUCAACCCCAAGUUGCUGUCUUGGGCAAUAGUUAACAUAGAAUAGCAAUGUUUUUAUCACAGAAUGAUCAUUAAUACAUAUUAGAUUUAGAUAUAUAUAUAUUCGAAUGUUUUUAUAUAAUGCAAACUUAAAAGGAAAAAUAACAAUCAUUUAGCUCGCUAGGGUUUUUCCAAACACAUGACUGAAUAGAUUGUCCGCCUUAUCAAAGUUUUGAGGCCAUCAAAACGACAAAAAGUAAUAAAAGACGGGAAA